UUUAACACGUUUCUGUCAAAAUAUACAAAGCCCUAAUCCUUGGAACCCUAAUGACUUGUCAAAGCUACCACCAAAAUUAUCUACAAACUUCGUCUUCUUCUCCUUGCUCGACCUGUUAAGCAUUCCAAGAAAGUCAAUUUCGCCAUCUCGUUUAUCCUCUUGGCCGCUUCGAUGAAGAUGCGGUUGAAGUGAUCUCCAAUUUUGUUGGAAAUCGGAAUGCUUCAUGCCUGCAUUCCCAACUCGUUGUUUUUCCGCUCGAAGCUUGGGAAUUCGUAUACUUUUGUUAUAGGUUAGUCAAAUUCCGUCUAAGAAACUCGAUUCCGUUCGGAUUUUGAACUCCGUGGCCGCUGAAUCUUCUGUCUUGCUGUACUUUCCAUGGCCACUGAGGCGACUGAAGCCACGACUAAGUUCCAGAAUCCGGAUUUCCGCCCGGUGCCGUCGCCUCCGGAUUUCCAUCCCGAGAUUGUGGUGUCGGCCCACGAUGGGCUUCGGUUCUGGGAGUUUAUGGUUGCCGGGUCAGUCGCCGGGUCUGUUGAGCAUAUGGCGAUGUUUCCGGUUGAUACCGUGAAGACCCAUAUGCAAGCCCUUGGUUCUUGUCCAAUUAAAUCUGUCGGAGUUCGACAAGCGCUUCGGUCAAUUUUGAAGUCGGAGGGACCUGCUGGUUUUUAUCGCGGUAUUGGUGCUAUGGGUCUCGGAGCUGGACCAGCACACGCUGUGUAUUUUACGGUUUAUGAGAAUUGUAAGAAGUUUUUCUCUGGUGGGGAUCCUAAUAAUUCAGUUGCCCACGCCGUUUCUGGCGUCUGUGCGACGGUGGCGAGCGAUGCCGUUUUUACACCAAUGGAUAUGGUCAAGCAGAGGCUGCAGCUGAGUAAUAGUCCUUACAAGGGAGUUUUGGAUUGUGUCAAAAGGGUCCUUAGAGAUGAGGGUUUAGGAGCAUUUUACGCAUCAUAUAGAACUACAGUGCUGAUGAAUGCACCAUUUACUGCUGUGCAUUUUUCAACAUACGAGGCUGCAAAGAGAGGUUUGAUGGAAGUUUCGCCAGAGAUUGUAAAUGAUGAACAGUGGAUUGUUCAUGCUACGGCAGGGGCUGCUGCUGGAGCCUCAGCUGCAUUUGUUACAACACCGCUCGAUGUGGUUAAGACUCAAUUACAAUGUCAGGGCAUAUGUGGAUGUGAUAGAUUCAAAAGUAGUUCGAUCGGAGAUGUCAUUCGGACAAUACUUAAGAAGGAUGGGUAUAGAGGGCUUAUGAGGGGAUGGAUCCCAAGGAUGCUUUUUCAUGCUCCCGCAGCAGCUAUUUGCUGGUCAACAUACGAAGCGUUAAAAUCCUUCUUCCAAGAGGUCAAUGGCAGCAGUGGCGAAGUGACCUGAAAAUAGGAAUCCGGGAGGAGGAGGGGGAUAUUCUUUCUUUUCUUUUUUCUUUAUCCCUUUUUCCUGCAGUUGCAACGAAGACGCCUUCUGUUGAAGUUGCCGAGAUUUUUGCAGGAGGGAUCGUCUCAAAAGGCGAACGCUACCACUUGUAGGCAAAGGAGCACACAUCAUCAGAUUUAGAUUAUAAUUUGUAUUCUAUUUCUAGGCGGUUGCUGAUGGUUCUAAUAAUGCCCAUAUAUAUAAAGUUUUGAUCUGUUUGUUUAUUUGUUUUGAUGGUUCUGGCUUUGGCAUGAGACCUGUGAAAUCUGCAAUGCAAUUAUUUAUUAGAUUCUGGGUUCA